AUGAUGUUCCGAGACCAGGUAGGAAUACUCACAGACUGGUUCAAAGGCUGGAAUGAGUGUGAACAGACAGUAGCUCUGUUGUCCCUCCUGAAGAGGAUUUCCCGCACCCAAGCUCGCUUCCUACACAUCUGCCUUGAGCACUGGCUGGCAGAUUGCACAGAGAUUCACAUCCUAGAAGCGGAGGCCAACAAUGCAGCUAUUGUUAGCCAGUGGCACCAAGAGUCAAAAGACAAAGUUGUUUCCUUGCUCCUGUCUCAUUUGCCACUCUUGCAGCCACGUAACAGUGAAGCAAAAUGUGAAUACAUGAAGCUACUGCAGAAAGUAUUGAGUCACACUAUUGAAAGCAGUUUGUUUGUGGAGGAAAGCAGACAGCUGUUGUCUUAUGCACUCAUCCACCCGGCCACCACACUGGAGGACCGUACGUCUCUAGCCAUGUGGCUCAACCACCUGGAAGAGCACUUAUCAAGUGGUUAUGCACCCACCUCUAGAGCCCCCUCCAGCCCCUACCACCCUCAUCAGGGCUCAGAUGAAUGGCAAAGUUCGGCUGAGGUCUUGGAUCCAGGCCUCAUUUGGCAAGACAAGUCUUCUAGUACUUCUCCUGCAGGCCAAAAUGGACACAUGCCUUUUCCUGGCGGUAUGUCUUCACCCAUCAACAGCAAUAAUGCAGGUAUGGGUGAUCAAAUGCAUCCGAGCCCUUUGAAAAAAUCAAUGUCAAUCAUUCCAUUAAGUACCCAAGCAUGUGGCUCUGAGUGGGUGUGCCAGGAUGAGCAAGGCAGUGAGCAGACCGAUGAUCAGGGCUUAUUGCGCAACACUUUCCAAGAGGACGGCAGUGGGAUGAAAGAUGUUCCGGCAUGGUUGAAGAGCCUCCGGCUUCAUAAAUAUGCAUCACUAUUCUCUCAGAUGACCUAUGAGGAGAUGAUGAUACUUACAGAGCAGCAUCUGGAGUCACAGAAUGUCACUAAAGGGGCGAGACAUAAAAUUGCCUUAAGCAUCCAGAAGCUGCGAGAAAGGCCAAGUGUGCUACGAUCCUUAGAAAAAGAUAUUUUAGAAGGUGGAAAUCUGCGUAAUGCCCUCCAAGAAUUGCAGCAGAUCACCAUGACGCCUAUCAAAGCCUACAGUCCACCUAGUGUUUCACAAACUGCCCAAGACACACCUCCCUCAGACUCUGCAAAGGCCGCAGUGGACAAAGAGACUGUGCUGGAGGGGUUCCAGCCACACAACCCUCCUCCUUGUGACGGGGACUCUUCUGGCACACCCAUCUCUGACAGUGAUAUUCCUGGACAGUUCACUCGGGUGAUGGGCAAAGUGUGCACCCAGCUGCUAGUUUCAAGGCCAGAUGAGGAGAACAUAAGCUGUUACCUUCAACUUAUUGAGAAAUGCCUCAUACAUGAGGCGUUCACAGAAACUCACAAAAAAAGACUUGUGUCCUGGAAGCAGCAGGUCCUCAAACUGCUCCGCCUGUUCCCUCGGAAAGCUAUGCUGGACAUGCCUGUAUAUCGACAGAAAGGCUGGACAUAUGGGUCAAACUCGCUCCCCACAGCAGGAUCUGUGAGUGCAGGAGUUGGACGAAGGGGCCAGAGGCAGUUCCAGAUGACUCCCCGAGGUCUCCCUGCAGGACGCAUGGCUCUCCUGAGCCCCAGUGGAAUGAGCGGGGCAUCGCCACGUCACUCGCUCACGAGUCCUGCAUUAGCUGGUCAGGGUCGCCAGAGCCUGUGGUUCGCUAACCCUGGAGGCAGUAACAGCAUGCCAAGUCAAAGUCGCAGUUCUGUUCAGCGAACACACUCACUCCCUGUCCACACUUCUCCACAAACCAUGCUCAUGUUCCAGCAACAAGAAUGCCAAGUUCCAGGUGCAGACCUAGAGAUCAACCCUACGCUGGAGUCGCUUUGCCUCAGUAUGACGGAGCAUGCCUUGGGGGAUGGAACUGACCGUACAUCUACAAUAUGA